CACCACAUAGAAGUAGUGAAAAACAUGAUGGGGAUAAAGAUUAUUCUGGGAUUGGCAUUGGUUUUUGCCCUGUCUCUCCUGACAGGGUCGAUGGCUCAGGGUGUGGGAUCCAUUGUCACAAAGCCGUUGUUUGAUCAGAUGUUUAAGCAUCGCAGCGAAGGUAACUGUGCCAAAGGGUUUUACACCUACGAAGCUUUCAUUCAGGCCGCCAACGCCUAUCCGGCGUUUGGAACAACCGGCGACAUUAACACUCGUAAAAAAGAGAUUGCUGCCUUUCUGGGUCAAACUUCUCAUGAAACUACUGGUGGAUGGCCGAGUGCCCCUGAUGGGCCAUAUGCGUGGGGAUACUGCUUCAAACAGGAACAAAACAACCCACCAGAUUACUGCAAGCCAAGCCAACAGUGGCCUUGUGCUCCCGGCAAGAAGUACUAUGGUCGUGGUCCUAUCCAACUUACCUCCAACCUCAACUAUGGUCCAGCUGGGAAAGCCCUAAGACAGGAUCUACUAAACAACCCUGAUUUGGUGGCCAAUGACGCCGUGAUUUCCUUCAAGACCGCCUUCUGGUACUGGAUUACACCCCAGCCCCCUAAGCCAUCGUCCCAUGACGUCAUCACCGGCAGAUGGACUCCAUCGGCGACAGACAGAACCGCCGGCCGUGUCCCCGGCUAUGGUAUGAUCACCAACAUCAUCAAUGGUGGGAUUGAAUGUGGAACAGGGUCUAUUGCUGAUAAGCAACAGGAUAGAAUUGGAUUCUACCAGAGAUAUUGUGGCAUUCUUGGUGUUGGGUCUGGGACCAAUCUUGAUUGUGCUAACCAAAAGUCUUAUCCCAAUUAGGAUCCCAAGUCUAAUUCAUCGAAUAAAUGGUUUAAGGCAAUAAAAUAUACUUUAGUUUUUAUUUACAUUCUGCAUAAAUGAAAGGUUCCAUAUUCUAUCA